AUGGUGCUGGGCUGGGGCGCCAAGGGCCACUUGCUGCCGCUGGACCCGGACAAGUACAUGCGCGUGGUGCGCCACUCGCGCCGUCGCCGCAGGGGCCACGAACAUAGUGCAGCAGGAGUCGGAGAUGACGACGACGAUGUCCUGCUGGAGUGGGUCCCGUCCUCCACGUUCCCGGACAUCUCGCUGCCCGACCCGCCCGCGGCAGGAGGAGCUUCUACUGCCGCCUACAAGCAGCGCAGUCGCUCGGCCACGAGCGCGUCCAGGGCGCCCGCAGCUGCGCGGCAGCAGGAGAUGCACAACACGUCGACGUCCGUGUCGAGCGCGUUAGUGGGCCCCAGGUGGGAGUGGGUGAGCCCGUGGCACCUUGAAGUGCCCGUGGACAGCCCCAGCGACGCCGUGGACGGCUGGCAGUACGCCUCGAGCUUCUCGCACUUCACUCCGCGGCCGUCGCUGCGCUCGCGCGGCCGGUCAAUCGACUCGAUGAGUCAGUCUUCGUCGCAUUCGGGCGAGAUGCCGUCCUCGUCGCCAGCCAGCGCGUCGGGCAAGCGACUGCGAGUCCGACGACGGAAAUGGGUCCGCUACCGACGCUUGCGAUCGGGGCGCAGUGCGCUGUCUAGUGGCGCGUCUUCUAGCGCCUUUGACGACGCGUUCUUGGACUCGAUGAGCGGCUGGCUGCGCAAGCGAGGCCAUGUACGCAAGAACUGGAAGGCGCGCUACUUCGUGCUGGAGAAGUCGGUGCUGCGCUACUACACAGACUCCAGUUGCUCGAAGCUCAAGGGUGAAGUGCUGCUCUUCCACCCGCAGACUCGAGUGCAUUACGUGGACGUUCACGUUGCUGGUGGCCGCGACGCCAGCUUCGCCAUUCAAGUGGGCCCGGACUACACGCUGCUGCUACAGGCUGCCCAGCUCCGUGACCGUGAAAACUGGAUGUACUGUAUUGAAGAUGCACUGCUGUGUCGAGAUUCGUAUCAUCCGCAAGGGAUGACCGAGGGCCCUGAGCCGUACUUCGACCUGCGUGAGAGUGUGGCGCAACGGAGACUGCUUAGUGCAGAGGCGAUGGCACUGGACGGCAGCUCGUUCCGUGACAACUUGGGUGGGAUCAGUCACGCACAUGGAGGAGCAGGGCAAAGGAGAAGUGGCCACCGAGGCGGUAGUGGCAGUAACGGUAGCGAUGUUCUUCGGCUGUGGGCAUCGCUGCACGCGAAACCUGGUGGCGUUCUGAGUGCCGUGAGCUCUGCGUCUCCUACGCUGCGCUCGCUGCUGCGCGCGUGUGAUAAGUUCCUAGCGAGCAUGUCCAUGCGGCAGCACAUUGCCGGCUUCCUUGUCAUGUUUCGUCAGAAGUACGCUCAACCGACGGGUUCGUCCGUCGCAGCGAUGGGGACAUCAGCUUGGACGCGACUGUCGGAACCUUGGGUGCCAAGCGGCAAUGAAUCGGAUAGCGAUCAGGAGCUUCGAGAAGGCUCACUAGGUGCUACUCCUCAAGAGCUGCAGAAUGUUACGAACCUACAAGAUGCGCGCAGCCUGCUAGCACUCAAGAACUAUCGGUUCUUUCUGGAGCGGUCUUUGGAGCUUGUGAUGGAGCAUUUGGCCAAAGCGGCAGACCCGAGCGCUCCCCGAGAGCUUGGAGAUGCUGCGCUCAACGGAAAACGCGCGCCGACUGAUGAUGAGUGGGCUCUCGCUCGUCGUGCUGCCCUGUACAAAGUAGAGCGGCGUACAUUCAUCCCGCUGCAAGAAAUUAUUUAUCAACUACUGGGAGCUGGAACUGGACCGGGCCGCGGUCAACGGCAGGAGGAAGAAGAGCGCUUCGAGCGUUUGCGCGCGCUCGUUGCCGCUCAGCCACAGAGCUUCCUGGAGAUCCAGCCGUCGCAUCAAUCGCCGUCCGAGUGGAAGUCGGCGAUUGCGCUGUUCGACUCGAUGGACAACUACUCGCUACCGUCUGAAAAGGCUGCAGUGCUCGUGGAGGUGGCGCGGUGUAUUUACGAAACGCACGCUAGGGAGCAUGGUGUGGACGCUGCUGCUGGUUCCAAGACAAGCUCGCAGAAGCAGCCGACGCCUAUGGCUGCUGACGAUUUCCUGCCCAUUUUCAUCUUCGUUCUGGCGCGUUGCCGUUUGCGCAGUGUGAUCGUGGCCCGCCAUCUUAUCAGCGAGACAAUGAUCACGGCGCUGAUGAUUGGAGAGACUGGGUACUACGCCACAAUGCUGGAAGCUGCGAUCGGAUACAUCGCGGCCUUCGACGGCGCAGCGAAGGUGGUGGGCAGGAAUAGUGGCAGCGGUAGCACGGCUACGAGCAGCUUUUGA